UAAUCACACUCUUCAACACUUUCUCCCCAUAACCAACAAUGGCGCGAGGCUCUUCUUCUCAAUCCACCUCUUCCUCCACAACCCGCCCGGGAACAGCCGCACCCCGUGGCUCCGCCGCCGCUACAGCUGGUAUGCGCCGACGCAGGCUCGGUGCUUCUUCCUCUGGUGGUGGUGGUAACGCUGUAGUAGGCUCCGGCAACGCUAGCAACAUGCUCCGUUUCUAUACCGAUGAUUCUCCAGGUCUGAAAAUUAGCCCGACUGUCGUCCUUGUGAUGAGCCUCUGCUUCAUCGGAUUCGUUACUACUCUCCAUGUCCUCGGCAAAUUCUACCGCUACCGAUCUGGCUCUGGCUCUGGAGCCUGAUUAUUCGGGUUCAGAUCUUUGAUUUUGAAACACACGUCGUACAGGAAAAUUUAGUCUGUUUGUUGUUUUUAAUUUUGGUUUUCAUUUCACCAUCUUUUGCUGGUUCUGUUUCCGUUUUAGAUGGCUGAAUUUGACUUUAGGAAGAUGAUAAAAGAAGCUUCCAAUUAAGGGAAUUUUGAACCUUUA